AUGACACAUCCGAUCACCGAGGGAGUGGCCGAGGGGAUCCGCACGGCCGAUGGACGGCUCAACGAGCUGGAUGUCAUUGUCGUGGCGACGGGGUUCGACGCCAUGGAUGGGAGCUACGCGCGGCGCACGGGGUCGGAACGCUACCUUGGCUGUUCAGUCUCCGGUUAUCUCAACCUGCUGAUCGUCUCGGGUCCUAUGUUCGGGUUCGCGAAUGUGCCGCCUCUGACGGAGUCGAAUGUCGAGUUCCUGCGCGACCUGCCAGAGGGCGGAGAAACUCUCAAAGGAGACUGGGAGGCAGUGUGA